UCCUUGUCGAAUAUGUCUAACCUGUUUGAUCAGUUGUAUCUCAACAUAUAAAAAUAUAACUCCGUAGCUAAAUGGCAAUUGCACUUCUGUUUGCUCAGGGAAUUGACUUUUUUGUGAUCUAGUCAACCAUAUCCCAAUUUUGUUUGCUCAGGGAUUUGACUUUUUUGUGACUUAUAAUAUGAUAUGUUAAUUUAAAACAGAGGCAGUUAGAUCAUAAUUAUUUGGUAAUUAUUGAGUUUAAAAAGAGAGAGAAUCUAAAAUGAUUGGAGAGGAGACCAUAAAUAAAUGGAGCUCCCGCGUCAGCCGUUGACGUAGAAAAGGCAAGAACUCCGGCCGCCCAUUACCUAACAAAGCUUAAAAAAACCAGCCACCAGCUACCAGCCACCAGCCGUCGCCGUUAUUUUUUGUUUACGCAAUCCAAACAUAGCAUCAAGAGUCAAGGCCACCCUUAAUUUACAUCCAUACCCCUACCUUCCCCAAAACUUCUUCUAAUAUACCAACCCUACUUCCGUAACUUCACAUCCUAUUUGACUUGUUUGUCUCUGUACGUGGGAGUUUAAAUUCUGCACGUGUUGGUACAAUCGGUCUCCUUCGCCACCAAGCGCCGAUGCCAAGUUCAGCUUUCCUCCUCCUCCUCCUCCUCCUCAUUUAAUUCUAGGGUUCUUUAACUUCUCUCCUUUCUUCUAUGGUGCAAUUUGUGGAUCCCAAGAUGACUUUGUAUCCGGAGAAGUUAGUGGUGAAGCGUGAGUGCGAUGAUUCUUUUCACCACCACCAUGAUCACUUGGACAAGCGCUUCAAGCCUGAUUUUCAAAAGAAUAAUCCGCUUGAUGAGCAUAGCCCUCUUGGUUUGACGCUUAGGAAGACCCCCUCCCUGUUGGAUCUAAUUCAAAUGAAACUCUCACAGGGGAUUACGUCAACAGCUGGAGAUUCAAACUCUGAAACUUUUGACUUCAUUGUUGAAAAGGAAACCGAGAUCGUUACCAUGUCGGGUACCACUGAGAAACUAAAGGCUUCAAACUUCCCAGCCUCACUUUUAAAGAUUGGACGUUGGGAGUAUAAGUCCAGACAUGAAGGUGAUCUGGUGGCCAAGUGUUACUAUGCUAAGCACAAGCUUGUUUGGGAAAUCCUUGUGGGUGGGCUUAAAAGUAAAAUAGAGGUGCAAUGGUCAGAUAUUAUGGCUUUAAAAGCCAAUUGUCCAGAUGAUGGUCCUGCUACACUAAAUGUUGUGCUGGCUAGACGCCCUCUUUUCUUCAGGGAGACCAACCCACAACCAAGAAAGCACACGUUGUGGCAGGCAACAGCUGACUUUACGGGUGGUGAGGCCAGCAUGCAGAGGCAGCAUUUUCUGCAAUGCCCUCAAGGGUAUCUAAACAAGCAUUUUGAAAAGCUCAUCCAAUGUGACUCACGCCUAAACUUCUUAAGCCGACAACCAGAGAUUGUGUUCGGUUCUCCAUAUUUUGAACCAACAGCCUCUGGUUUUACGGCGUUCGAGCAAUCCAGCGUCCGUGGUUUGGAGCAACCAGUGAAUGACAAUCGAUCUGUAGUUCAUGAGAUGGAAGAAAAUAGAAGCAUUACUAAAGUUAGCAGCAUGGCAAGGAAGUGGGAGCAGAUAAAGGUUUCGGGGCUUCAACCAUCCAUGUCAAUGAGUGACCUCGUAAACCAUAUUGAACAGCAUAUUUCAGAACAAACGACUUUUACAAAGUCACCUUUUGUUGAUGAUGGUUCCGAAUGCCAAGAAAUGCUGAAUGAAAUUACACGUUACUUGCUGAGUGACAAUCAAUUGUCAGCAGCUUCUGAUGAGGCAUCACUCAUGUCAAGAGUCGAUUCUCUCUGCUGCCUAUUGCAGAAAGAACCUCCGGUAGUUCAAAGUUUUCCAACCAGCGGUGUUGAAGGACUCGAUUACAAAGAGGAUGUUCAGCUGAGGGACGGCAGGAAUUCGGAAAGCCAUAUUAAGAUUCAUCCAAAAGAAACAAAGGAUGUUUCUGGAAGCAUGCAACCCUCAGCUAUGUCAAGAAAAGAUUCAUUUGCAGACUUGCUGUUGCAUCUUCCUCGAAUUGCAUCGCUUCCGAAGUUCUUGUUUAACAUUUCAGAUGGUGAUGAAGAUGAAGAUAAUUGAUUGCAAGCUAACUUUCUGGGUCUUUGGAUAGUAUGGGGAAUGGGAAUUCUGGAAUUUGUAGCACGUAGAAAGAAUGCUUCACAUGUAAAAAUAGGUUCACAGUCAAUUGACCACAAACUAUAAACCUUUAUUCUUAAAUACUUUUUAAAGUUUAAGGACUAAAUAUCAGACCAGACCAGUAAUUUACCAGUCGCA